UCCACUCCCUGGACUUGCUGCAGCUCUAUGAUCCUAGAACCCUCUUCAGUUCCAGCUAGAAUGCUUAGUCAGGCACUUCGCAGAUUUGGUCAAAUGCUGGUACGAAGACAUGCACUGGAGGAAAAGACAACUGAGCCUACCCCUCCCACACGGCUGACCACUCUAGAUUUAGUGGCUCUGGGUAUAGACUACACACUGGGUGCAGGUGUGUAUGUCCUGGCUGGUGAGGUGGCCAGCAAUCAAGCAGGACCAGCCACUGUGAUCUGCAUUUUGGUGGCUGGCCUAUCAUGUGCAUUGGCUGGGCUGGGCUAUGCAGAGUUUGCUGUCCGGGUUUCCCAUUCUGGCUCUGCGUAUCUCUACAGCUAUGUCACUAUAGGUGAGGUCUGGGCUUUCAUGACUGGCUGGAACUUCAUCGUCUCCUAUGUUGCUGGCACAGCCAGUGUAGCUCGGGCCUGGACAAUAGCUUUUGACUACCUGAUUGGGAACCAGAUCUCUCAGACCCUGCGUGAGAGCAUCUUACUGCAUGCUCAGCAGGUACUUGCCGAAUAUCCAGACUUCUUUGCUAUGGGUCUCGUGUUGUUGCUCACUGGAGUGUUGACUCUGACAGCUAGGGAGUCAGUACGGUUUACUAAAUUGAUCACAUUGGUGAGCCUUUUGAUUCUUGGCUUUGUCAUAAUCUCUGGCUUCAUUAAGGGGGACGUUCACAACUGGAAGCUCACAGAAGAGGACUACAUAAAGGCUGGACUCAAUGACACAUCAACAUUGGGCCCUCUGGGCUCUGGAGGAUUUGUACCUUUUGGCUUCGAGGGGAUUCUCCGUGGAACAGCUACCUAUUUCUAUGCAUUUAUAGGUUUUGACAAUAUUGUUACCAGAGUGAAAGAAGUCCAGAAUCCCCAGAGUUCCAUCCCCAUGGGCAUUGUGAUUUCACUCUUCAUUUGCUUUUUGGUGUAUUUUGGUGUCUCUUUAGCACUUACACUUAUGGUGCCUUACUACCAGCUCCAACCUGGGAGUCCCUUGCCUGAGGCAUUUCUCCAUAUUGGCUGGGAGCCUGCCUGCUAUGUUGUGGCUAUUGGAGCUCUGUGUACUCUUUUUACUACCAUCUUGAAUGAUAUGUUCUAUGCACGUCGGGUGAUCUCCAUGAUGGCAAACGAUGGCCUCCUGUUCCGUGUCCUUGCCAGGACCCACACUAGCAGAAAUAUCCCCAUUGUGGCCACUGUGGUUUUGGGCAUCAUGGCAGCAGUCAUUGCAUUGUUUUUUGAACUCAUUCAUCUUGUGGACUUUGUGUCCAUUGGGACCCUGUUUAAUCAUUCCCUGGUAGCUAUUUGUGUUCUCAUCGUCAGGUAUCAGCCUGAGAGGAGGAAUGGAGGAAGUAAAGCAGAGGUGCAGGAGGAGAAUAGACCUGCAGAAAAGAAGCUCACUCUACAGGGACUACUUUUUCCAGGCAGCUACUCUCCCACUGUACUCUCUGGCCAGGUUGUCUAUGUUUGCUCCUCACUGCUUGCUCUGCUAGUCAUUCUUCUUUGCCUGGUGUUGACCCAGUGGCCAGUUCUGCUUUCUAGAAACCCAGUGUGGAUUACAGUGGUUAUAGUACUCCUGGUGCUCAUCACUGGGAUCACUGGGGUCAUCUGGAGACAGCCACAGAGCUCCCAUCUCUUUCACUCUAAGGCCCUUGCUCUGCCUCUCCUCCCACUACUGAGCAUCUUUGUGAAUGUUUACCUUAUGAUGCAGAUGACAGCUGGCACCUGGGCCCGAUUUGGUGUCUACAUGGUGAUCGGGAUUGCUGUGUACUUCAGUUAUGGGAUCCAGCACAGCCAGGUUGCUUAACUCCACUUAAGUUAGCACCAAAACUGUACACAUUGAACUCAGCAGUUCAAUACAUAUUCAGUUUGACAUCAUCACAUCUAAAAGCAGUCUUGUCCCUGCACAAUUUUGGAGAGUACUCUUGAGUGCAAGGAAGGCUAGGUCUCCCAUGGUGAGUUCCGUACUUUUUGUGGAGUGAAGGAUGUGUCUUUGUUCUCUCUCUCUCCCUCUCUUUCUCCCUCUCUCUC